AUGGGAGAGAUAACGACAGGUGGAGUGAAUGUGAGUGAGUGUAGAGAAAGUGAAGGCAAGAAAAGUGAUGAGGCAGAACUGUCAGUCAGGAAGCGACAGACAAAGGAAAGCCCUGGAGUAAGUGCAAAGAGAGUAAGGGGUGACAAUCAACCCCCUGACAACCACCAAGAAGAAGGGGAAACCGAUACAGAGGAGUCGAGAAGGCCACAAGACAACAUCCUUCGUGGUUAUAGUGUAGCACAAGCGGAUAGGGUCCUACUAAACAUUGGAGGCACCCACUUUGAAACAACCAUCCAAAAUCUCACUAUUGAUCCCAAGUGCAUUUUCGCAUUAGCUAUAAACAACGGCGAAUUAACAGAAAUGAAGACACUUACUUUCGAUCGGGACCCUACGCAUUUCAGGCAUGUUCUCAAUCACCUAAGAAAUAGAAUGUAUACAGACAUGAGAACCUUGCCAAACAGUAUUUCCCAGUUAUUGGAGUGUCUUCAAGAGGCCCAAUAUUAUGCACUGGAAUCCCUUCAGAGAGCCGUCGUGGCAAAACUAGAACAAUUAACUGUGGUUUCACCAUUAGUUCUGCCUACCUGGACUUCGUAUGCUGCGACUCGGUAA